CUUUAUGCAAAUCAACCGUGACGUCGGCGGAAGCCAGCGCUACGUCUCUUCUUCCGACAGAUAUUCCUUUAAAGGCGUAUUUAAAGCCCUUGCUUCAGUUGCAGCAGCAGUGGACAACCUAUGCAACAAAAUCUGCUGCAGAGCAGAGCGACCGUCCGACCUCUUGAGCGGACGCAGACACGGAGCCGGCGGCUGACACGACCCGGUGAGGUACUACCGCAGGGCUUGAGAUUGCAGCCUGGACCAAACGGAAACGUCUCAACGACAUUUAUGAAGCUUUUAAGGCCUUUUGAUUGAUCAGCCAAUCGAUGGGGAUUCUCAGAGGAGCUCCGCCUACCUUCGUCACCUGCCCUCCUCCUCCAACUCCUUCCCCUUCCCCCUGCAGCCUCCUCCUUGUCCCUGCCCGCUCUGUCGCCCAGCCCUCCAUUAAGCCCUUCUCCAUACACAAAAUGACUCUUGAACUUACCGAGUGGUCAUCUAUAUGGAUUUUUACUGCUUGUAAUAGACAGUAAGAGAAAGAGGGAGAAACCCAGAUGACAAUAAAGCCAUAGACACACCUACACACCACACACACACAUAUACACACACACACACGCUCACAAACACACACACCCACACACACAAACAGUCAUAUAAACACUCACAUACCAAAUAACACUGACAGAUUUGUCUUUAAAACACACGGAAGGAGGCAAACGCACAAACUGGCUCUUGGAAUGUACCACACACUCUUCCAGUAAAAUUCAACCGCUUCCAUCGAUUUGGUUUUUUUUUCUACGAGUGUUCGGGAAGCUGAAUUUAUUUUGUUUUUUCAACUUUUGGGGGGAAAAAAGAUCUGAAGAGAAUUCAAAUCUGUUGAAUUUGGAGCUGCAUUGAUUUUUUGAGGACAAGUUGUUUUUCGGACAAAUUUUUUAAGCGGAUAACGGAUGCUGAAUGAUUUUUGUUUCCUUUUUUUUCCUAGUAACAACCAACCAACACUAGAUCCUGAGAUACUUGUUGACUUUAUUUAGUGUCCUUUUUGAGCAGGACACAGCUCAACAUAUUAACACUUACCUUGAUUGCAGGGACACUUUUAGUUUAUUUGGAAUAAUAAAUGUUCCUCUUUAGAAACGUAAUAGAUAAACAUCUACAUAACCAGCACGAUACUUGCACAAGUUGCAUUUUGUAGCUUGUAAAGAUUGUAAUUAAGAUAUUUCCACAUCAUCCCUGCUUGAGUUACUUCAAGACACUUAGCUUCAGGUCAGUUUUCUCAGACUCAGUGUGUUGGAAGGCGUGUGCUUGUUUUCUCAUUGCUUGCAUGCCCUCCAACAUGCCUCCCCAGAACACAGAGGCUGACACCAUGCAGGUCGGAUCUGUGGUGGGCGGGGCCAACGCCAAAAACUCCACUGCAUCAGGCUCAGACGAGGAAAAAGGAGGAGCGGCAGGCGAGACGGAUGGAUUGGGAGAUGGCGGUGGCGGAGCAGGAGGAGGAACUGCAACUGGAACUGUAGGGGAGGAGUCAGCAAGCGAGGGUUCUGUGGAAGGCAUCCCACUCAAGAGAUGGGUGAUGCACGGGGCUGUGAUGUUCGGACGGGAGUUCUGCUAUGCCAUGGAGACAGCGCUGGUGACGCCUGUUCUGCUGCAGAUAGGUCUUCCAGAGCAAUACUACAGUCUGACAUGGUUCCUCAGUCCCGUCCUUGGCCUCAUGUUCACUCCUCUGAUCGGCUCAGCUAGCGACCGCUGCACCCUGAGGUGGGGCAGGAGGAGGCCGUUCAUCCUGGCUCUGUGUAUUGGAACGCUGAUAGGAGUGGCUCUCUUCCUGAAUGGAUCGUUGAUAGGUCUGGCUAUGGGUGAUGAGCAGGGGAGCCAACCGAUAGGAAUAGUGCUUACUGUGCUGGGCGUGGUGGUGUUAGACUUUUGUGCUGACGCGACGGAGGGACCAAUCAGAGCGUACCUACUUGACGUUGCCGACACGGAAGAACAAGACAUGGCGCUUAACAUCCAUGCUGCCUCAGCAGGUCUUGGUGGUGCGGUUGGCUAUGCUCUUGGAGGUUUGGACUGGACACACACCUUCCUUGGAGCAGCUUUCAAGUCCCAGGAACAGAUCCUGUUCUUCUUUGCUGCCAUCCUCUUCUCUGCCUCUGUAGUGUUACAUCUUUUCAGCAUUGAGGAGCAGCAAUACUCGCCCCAACAUGACAGGCUUGACCAGGAGAGUCCUGAUCGUACCAACCCACCACCAUCAGCCAAUGGCAGGACUGGCCUUCUUGCCCCAAAGCUGGAGUUGAUUGGAGAGGAUGACACUCUCGACAGCUAUGACCUGUAUGAUCCGUAUGGAGAUGACCAGUCAGAGCGUGGGGAUAUGGACUUCCUGGAGGUGGAGCUUGUGAGGAGUAAAAGUGACAGUGUUCUCGCCAUGGCAGAUGCGACUCUCGACCACUUGGACCAUGAUGCAUUGUUCCUUUGCCACAUAGAGCCAUCCAUCUUUGCUGACCGCCUCUCACCCUACCACGGCUCCCCUCCUACCAAUGCUUCCUUCUUCAACUCCAUUCACUACACUCCGACCCCCAAAUUCGGCAACAUCAGACGCAGCAGCAGCGCAGGAAGUCAGGACCUGCUCCGCCUCCAGGCCAACAACCACCAAACGAAUGCUCCCAACACCAAGAUUUCCCGCCUCUCGGCUUUCUUACAGGAGAUGGAAAACGACGAUGGUCAGGAGGCGCUGCUGAACAACCAGCUCAAUGAGCAGAGGACAUUGAACGGACGUUUGUUAGCCGGUGUGACUAAUGCUGACGGAGACAACACUAACAGGCUGAGCUCUAAAGGACAGGCUCACAGAGCUGGAAUGGUCAAAGCUGCCAGUACGGGAGCCCCGAUGCGCCAGUGCCGUCACCGUCACACCUUCUACCGCCAGCCGUCCUGCACUUUCUCCUACUACGGUCGAGUUGGAAGCCACCGCUAUCGAUACCGCCGAGCCAACGCCGCUUUUCUCAUCAAGCCGUCUCGCAGCAUGAACGACCUGUACGAAGUGGAGGCCAGACACAGGAGGAGGAGCAGGCAGAAGACCAGACACCGCAGCGGAAACACCAACUCCUCCAGCGGAGACACAGAGAGCGAAGAGGGAGAGGUUGAGACCACUGUCCGGUUACUGUGGCUCUCCAUGCUGAAGAUGCCACCAGAGCUGCUGCGACUGUGUGCCUGUCACCUGCUGACCUGGUUCUCCAUCAUCGCUGAGGCAGUCUUCUUCACUGACUUCAUGGGACAAGUCAUCUACCAUGGAGAUCCUACAGCUCCUGUUAACUCGACUUUGUUGGAGAACUACCACAGAGGAGUGCAGAUGGGAUGUUGGGGAUUAGUUAUAUAUGCUAUGACUGCUGCUACAUGCUCAGCUCUUCUUCAAAAGUACCUCGACAACUUUGAACUGAGCAUUAAGAUCAUCUACAUCCUUGGGACGCUGGGUUUUUCAAUAGGGACUGCGGUCAUGGCAAUAUUCCCUAAUGUGUAUGUCGCAAUGGUGAUGAUCAGCAGCAUGGGCAUCAUCUCCAUGAGUAUCUCCUACUGUCCUUAUGCUCUGCUGGGACAGUACCAUGAAAUGAAAGAGUACAUCCAGCACAGUCCUGGUAACUCCCGGAGAGGCUUUGGCAUUGACUGUGCCAUCUUAUCCUGCCAGGUGUACAUCAGUCAGAUCUUGGUCGCCUCAGCUCUUGGUGCUGUAGUGGAAGCAGUUGGCAGUGUCCGUGUCAUUCCCAUGGUGGCCUCUGGGGGCUCCCUCCUUGGAUUCUUUACUGCCUGCUUCCUGGUCAUUUACCCAACUCCAAACAGCAAGGACGGGGACUCCAAAACGUCAGUAAAACGGGCUUUGACAAAGCUGAAUAAUCCCAUCAGCAGCGAAGUGGCCGUCAUUGUAGAAAAACCCAGUUUCCUUAAACUCAACAAGGCAGGCAAGGCUACCACCACCACUUCCUGUCACACAGAGAAUGAGUCUGCUCUGUGAUUGGCUGGCUGCAUCAGAAGAUUCGUCACUGCAGGAACAACUAAAUUAAAGUUUGAAUCAUCACUGACGAAGA